AUGAAAAAGGAGCAGGCCGAGAUAUUAGGUUUUGUCCCCCAGAAAGAGAUCGUCUACAACAAACUUCUCCCGUACGCAGAUCAACUAGACCGCGAAUCCAAUGACAUUUUGGCCCAGAUUAAAGGCAACUUGGGUCGGGCUGUCCAGCUCCGUGAGUUAUGGCCCGGAGUUUUAUUUUGGACACGGAAACUCUCCACGUACCUUCGGCUGUACGGGAGGAAGUUCAGCAAAGAGGACCAUGUGCUCUUUAUCAAGCUGCUGUACGAGCUGGUCACCAUCCCCAAGCUGGAGAUCAGCAUGAUGCAGAGCUUUGCACGACUCCUCGUCAACUUGCUGAAGAAAAAGGAACUGCUGUCCCGGGAUGACUUGGAGUUGCCUUGGAGACCUUUAUACGAUCUCUAUGAGAGUAUCCUGUACUCCAAAACCGAGCAUCUUGGUCUUAACUGGUUCCCAAACUCCGUGGAGAACGUGUUGAAGACGCUAGUCAAAAGCUGCAGAGUAUAUUUUCCUGAAUCGGCCACACAGGAGAUGCUGGAUGAGUGGCGACCAUUACUAUGUCCGUUUGAUGUCACUAUGCAGAAGGCCAUUGGCUACUUUGAGCUCUUCUUGCCCACCAUUAUGCCCCCUGAACAGCACGACAAAGGCUUCAAGUUAUGGUUUGAUGAAAUGAUGAAUCUCUGGGUCUCAGUGCAAAACCUGCCUGCUUGGGAGGGUAAUCUAGUGAAUCUCUUCGCACGCCUGGCUAAUGACAACAUUGGUUAUGUGAACUGGGAUCCAUAUAUUCCCAAGAUCUUCACCAGAAUCCUGCGUAGCUUUAAUCUGCCAGUUGGCACCAGCCAGAUGGUAGUUCCUAGAUACUUGACUAACUCCUACGACAUUGGUCAUGUGGUACUUUGGAUUUCCUCCAUGCUGGGUGGCCCUCAGAACCAGUCCCAAAAGCAGCUUAAUGGGCUCUUCAGUAGUAUAGCAUCCUUCUAUCACCCCUCAAACAACGGACGCUGGCUGAUGAAACUGAUGAAGCUCCUUCAGCGUCUUCCUGCCAGUAUAGUUCGACGACUGCAUCGGGAGCGUUAUAAGAAACCCUGCUGGAUCACCCCUGUUCCCAGCACUCACAAACUCACAGACCAGGACGUGACCGACUUUGUGGAGAGCAUGAAGCAGCCGGUUCUGAUGGCCAUGUUCAGCAAGACGGGCAGCAUGGAUGCAGCUCAGGCCCUGCAGAACCUGGCACUCAUGAGACCAGAGCUGGUCAUCCCACCUGUGCUAGAGAAGACGUAUCCUGCUAUGGAGACACUGACAGAGCCACACCAGCUUACUGCCACUCUCAGCUGCAUGAUUGGCAUGGCUCGCAGUCUUCUCAGCGGCGGCCGACAUUAUCCUGAAGGCCCUGCGCACGUCCUGCCUCUGCUUAUGAGAGCACUGCCUGGAGUCGACCCUAAUGACUUCAGCAAAUGCAUGAUCACGUUCCAGUUCAUUGCUACUUUCACUACUUUAGUGCCUUUAGUGGACUGUUCAUCAGCCCUCCACGACAAGAAUGACUUGACAGAGAUGGAGAGAGAGUUGUGUUCAGCUUCUGCAGAGUUUGAAGACUUUGUUUUGCAGUUUAUGGACAGGUGUUUUGCAUUGAUUGACAGCAGUACACUGGAGCAGACGCGCGAAGAGACAGAGACAGAGAAAAUGACUCAUUUAGAAAGUCUGGUAGAGCUGGGCCUUUCUUCUACCUUCAGCACCAUUCUGACACAGUGCUCCAUGGAGAUAUUCAAGGU